AUGUAUGAUGUGGAUCGACUAUUUGAAAAGAAUAUCACAACCCAAAGAAGCUGCGCGCCAAUUAUUAUCGACGAAUUAUCAAAAAUAACAGCUUAUGAAGACCAAGAAGAAGUGUUAGACCAAGAAACUCUUACUGAAACAGUUGAAAUCCUUCAAAAAAUCGUCGACUUUAAUAUUUCUGAUGACAGUAUCAACAUUAUGGUUCCUGCAAAUAAUAUACUGGAUGUUAGAUACGAAAAAUCGUGGAGAAAUAUGACGGACGGUAAAGAGGCCCGCAAACUGGUGGUAACUUUGCAAAAAUAUGGCGUUCAAAGCGGGAAUAUCCUAAAAAACAAAAAUACCUCCCAUAUAUUUCAAAAUUUUUCCAACGUACAACUACGUGUUAAUUACAUGAAUUCCUCAGAAUUUCCACCUCAGGACCGACUUUUCAAUUUCCCAAAUGCAUCUUUCAAUAUCUCACGAGAUGCACUUCCUAAGAAUUCAGGUGCUGUGGUUGUUGUCGUAUGGUAUAAGACACUAAAUUCAUUUUUGACGAAGAAUAUUUACGAUGGUAAUAAUUAUGCAAUUAAGAGCAGGAUAAUCAGUGCAAGUGUUCGACCUGAGGCAACUAGGAUUCCAUUCAAAGAGCCGGUUCGCAUCCAUUGGAAAGAAAACGUAUUUGUAAUGAAGAACGACUCAAAGAGUUGCGUAUAUUGGAAACCUGAAUUACACGAUAACUUGUGGAAAUCGGAUGGAUGUAAAAGAGUUGAUUCAUUAGAUAACGACUUGAUAUGCGAAUGUGACCAUCUCACGGCCUUCGCCACCAUGGACACUUGGGAAAGAGAUUUGUUAAGUAAAGCUGAACAGGAAAGCUUGGAAAUUAUAUCCACGAUUGGUUGUUCCUUAUCACUUGUUGGUGUAAUUUUGACUGUAUUGGCACACGCAGUGCUGUGGAAGAGACUUCAUAAAAUAGCCGACAGCAAAGUUCCCUCUAAAGUGUUGAUGAAUCUAUGUGCCGCUAUUGGAAUGACGGAUAUCCUUGCUGUUCUUGCCGGACCUGCACGCAAAAAUGAGUUAUUUUGUAUAACAGUUUCUAUUUUGCUGUAUCUCUCAGUACUAGCCCUAUUUGGAUGGAUGCUAUGCCAGGGAAUUGUUAUCUACCUUAAACUAACGCAUGUUUACGGUAGUUUGAACUUGGGUGGAAGAUAUAUGAAGACAUUUUAUGCAAUAGGUUGGGGUUUUCCAGUUUUCAUUGUGGCGCUGUUGGUUGGGUUGAAUGAUCGCAUUGACUUUAAAUCAAAACAAGGGUGUUGGUGCCGUGCUGGUGGAGUGUUAUUCUGGACUUUUAUUGCAACUAUAGGAAUAAUACUUCUGAUCAACCUUUUUGUUUUUGUUCUUGCCUUACGAAAAGCUUUAUCGACCAGCGAAGUAAGAACAACUCUUUCAGACCCUGACAACAAGCUAAGAAGGACAAGAAAGGGUCUGAUAGGUUCAGGCACUCUUCUACCAGUUCUUGGAUUGACGUGGGUGUUUGCUUUGCUGGUAUUCAACCGAGAUACAAUUGCGUUUAAGUAUUUAUUCGCAAUAUUCAACUCGAUACAAGGACUGAUGAUAUUUGUUUUUUUUGUGCUUCUAAAUAAAAAGUUCCAUGAAGCUUUCUCAAAGGAAAAGAAAAUCCGUGACGAAAGACGACGAAUUAAUCUUGCUAUGGACAAGAAAGAUAUCCGCAACCGUGCAUUGAUAACCAGUGCAAGCAGCGUUGGAUAAUCCAAGAUACCUGUUGAACGUGUAUUUUAAGAAGAAUUUUCGUCGGAUGUAAUAUUUAGAAGGCACUGUUUAUUGGACGGAAUCCAUCUGGAAGUAAAUGAAAAGCAGACUACGUCUAAACAUGCAAAGUUAAAUUAAUUAAGCAUAUAUAAACCGCGACUGAAUGUCUGAAACUGCUACUGACUGACAUGACCCAGGGAUUAAAAUAUCAGAUUUGGCGGGACAUGCUCCAACAUGUUUAAUAGCAUGUUUUUCAAACAAUUUCUGGGUUUAGAUCACGUGCACUUUUAUAUAUAGGCAACAAUAGUUUGUUUUUACGUUUUUAAAAGUAGCACUCUCUCCAUGCACUUAUUUAUUGUCGU